AUGCCCUUCAACACCCUUUCCUCGGUUGCGCAAGCAAUCCCCGCUGUGAUCAACUCCUCCCUGGAGAAACUGUCGUGCAGCGCGCGCGGAAUCGAUGAGGUGGAUAUCUACCCAGCUGUCCUCUCUGCCCUGACCGCCAACGGCGCACCACACGGUGUUGCGGCGGACGCGCUGGCCGUGGUACGGGCAGCAAGGUUAAAUCGCUCGCACAAACUAAAAGAUGGAGCAGGCGCACAGGCGCGGAAGCGUGAGGACUCCUACAUGGCGAGUUUUAAUGUGGGCAUCGCGAUGAGCCUCCACACCGUCCUUCUCUCACGCAACCGGAUCGGGAACCUGCUAGGCAUCGUGCAGUUCAAGCAUUGUGUACGGUUGUCACUGCUUGGCAAUCGCAUCCGCACGAUCGAGAGCUGCGAGCCGCUGGCGUUGCUACCCGACUUGCAGUAUCUUUCUCUCGAGUUCAACCCGGUCGCACAGCUGUCUCACUACCGCGCGCACCUCCUGCGCAUCUGUGCCUGGCCACAUGAACUCUCCGCCCAGACGUGUCGCCUGCGGAAGCUGGACAGCACCGCUGUCACCUCUGCCGAGGUCAAGCACGCAGUGCUGUGUCUUCAACGAGAGCAGACAUUGCUUCCCGAGCUGCUCUACCGCAUGCAGCUCCUCGCGUUUCUCGGGGACAUGGAAAAGAGGAACGGCCUGCAUCGUGAGUUGCGACAGCGUGGGUGGGUGUUUCAGCAAACCGCAGACGCCGUGACACUGGACGCCACGCUGGAGCGCUGUGCGGCGUACGCGCUGGCUCGGGUGCCGGUAUCUGGUGCGGCGCAUCUCGUGCGGCUGCUUGUGCGAGACCGGCACCGACUCUCGGCGGGGCAGUCCGUUGCGGAUCGCCCCUUUUCGAAGUGUCACGCGGAGCAGAAAUCUGCUGCGGCGUCUCCCGCACCAUCACGGAAACCUGCGUACGAACGGAAAGCACGCUCCACGCCGGAGCACGCCAGCGAAGUCGACCUCAAAGAUGCCGCGGCAACUGUGGACGCACCGUCCACCCCAACCUUCUUUGGAUCGGAUCAGCUGGACGACAGCCACAUCGCCAGCGUGAGCAGCGUCGCCUCGUGCUCUUUCCUUCCCGAUCACUCCGAUGACGACAUACAGGCGAUGCACUCGCUAUCGAAUUUGUUAGGAGCAAAAGAGCUGGAUUGGAGUCGAGCCGCGCUGCGUCGAGCUGACGCGUUGGCUGCGAAGGAGACGUGUAAGGAGUGGUCGUGGGAUACGUUUCGGCAGGCGCUCGCCUUUCUUGAUGUGCGCAUCUGUGCGGUGCUGCUGCGGCUGGCGCGUGGAUUGGGGCAGUCGUUGAGUACGCACGAUGUGGACCGGCUUUGCCAGGUGUGGCUGCACGCUGUGACGCACUGUGCACCGACAGAAGAGUUGGCCCUGAACGCAACAGGACCUCGCCGACUCGUGUCUGCCGUCACAGUCACUCCUCGUAGGAAGCCAAAAACGCAGCUGCGUGGGACAGAAAAGGUCAUUGAGGUGCGGAGUCCAGCACUCAACGAACAGGGCGGCGCUUACGAAGGAAACCAACGUCGUGUCAACGGUUCAGCGUGUGUCCCGCCACCACAACCGUGUCCCAGCGGUCGACUCCCCGUUGACGCAGUCGCGCAGGUCACCAAAAACGUGUGGGACGUCGGCGAGCAGGACGCCUGCCUCUCCAACACCCUCUCUUCCCUGCCCGUGGUGUCAAGCGGGGUCAGUGACGACUGCACCGACAUCUCAAUGACGUCGCUGUUGUCGACCGACUCACCCAUUCAGCCCCGAAAAACGAUCCCCGUGCCAACCGCUGCGAACGGUCAUAUGGCUCCUCGUGCCCUUCCGUCGGAGCAGGUGCAGCAGCAGCAGCAGCAAAACGCAGCAAGUCCCAGUCCUUCUCAAGUGCCUGAGGCAACACAUAAGACGAGUUCUUCUGACGUUUCUUUGGCAUUGGCGGAGAAAAUGUUUCGGCGACAAGUCAAACAGCGCGCGUUUCAGCAGUGGUGUACAUCGCUGCGUCAUCGCUGGCAAUCGCGCAUCGCCACUGUGUACAUCCGCGACAAAAUAAAUGAGGCCGUACUGCAGCCUCGGCUCGAGUGUGUGCGCGGUCCGGCGUGGAGUGGUCUGCUUCAGCACGUGACCUACAUUGAACGUAAGCGAGGCUACUUUAACUGUUGGCGGCGCCGUGCGGGGGACAAGCGGGAGGCGCGUGCGAAAGAGCUGGAGCGCGUGUCUGAGGCGUGGCGUGCGCAAAGCGGCGAGUUGGCGUCGUUGUCGUCUUCACACCGGCAACAGGGAGAAGAAAAGGACGCAACAGCGGCAACGCGGCGAUCCACGACUCAAAACCUUUUCCACGCAUGGAAAGUGAAAGCAGAGCAGAAGGCACUGUCUCGUUGCACCACCGCACGUCAGCGCCUGCUGGCCGAAACGCCGCACACACCAGAGACCUUUCUCUCCCUGCACCCGCGGUCGGCCACCGUGCGUGCCGCACUUCGCGUAAAGUCGCCACUCAGCUCGCCCGUCAUGUCUCGUCACCAGCUAGAGGAACUUCUCCAAACAACAGGAAAACCACAAACUGAUGAAGAUGGCUCCGCGCCGCCUUCGUCUCCUUCACCAACGGGCGGCUUUCGCCGCUGCGAUCUCGCACACGAGUUGCCGGUUAAGGUGACGAAAUGGCAGGCCGCGUCGACUCCCGCUUCCGCACAGGGGCACAAGGACGCCGCUGCGCACAUGCAGCUCGACGAGGACGAAGGUCGUUUGUCUGUCGCGCCGUCGAGCUCUGACGGCAUCAGUGUGAAUAGUGUAACGACGCCUUUUCUCGCUGAUCAGCACUUCUCACAGGCACAUGGGAGAGUGGAAACGUCGAGCACUUAUAGAAGCCCGCAGGAAGGUCAUCCGCAGUCGGCCGGGGUGCUUCGCGAGCUUUCGCCACCGCCGGCGAUUCGUAUUCUGUUCCCCACGGAUAAUGCGGCCGGCUCGUGUGCGUGCUCUCCACCGGCGCCAACGUCUCGAUCACGUAGCAACGGCAACAUCGGCAUCGCGUUGCCGCAAUCCGCAUCUUCUCCGAUGCAUCCUCCUCGCUGCUCUGUGGGCGGGUCCAUGGCUGGAAACUUCGCCGUUCGCUUGCGUGGUUGUCCGCAGCCGAGUCGCCUGCCCUCCACCACCACCGCCCGCCGGGCGAUCAUCGCGUCCUCUACUCGCCCUAGCAGCCACUCAGCACCACGUCUGGAGAGUAGUGUGCGUCACACAGCACACAGUGAUGAUGCGGCAUGUCCCUACCCCGCGGAGGACGUGGAGGCCCUCGUCGCACGAGCCAAGCAGCUGGAGGCAGAUCGUGUAUUUCUCCUUGCGGAGGUGCGCAGGCUGUCGCUCGCCUCGCAGCGCAACGGAGAAGCAUUUACUCCCACUCCCGACGCAUCUCCUAAACCGUGUCUUCACGCCGAUGAAGAUUGCCGCUCACCGAUGCAAGAUGACGCAGAGGAGCGCCGCAUCGCGCAACAGUGCGAAAUCAAGCGCUUAGAGUCGAUCGUGGUGGCACUGCGAGACGAGCGUCACAGUCUGUUAAGAUCCGUCAAGACGGAAAUCUUUCAGUACUGA